AUGAAUGAAUACAUUGGAGAUGAUGAUCAAACAAACGAGGAAGAAGAUAUUCCUUUCCCUAAAAGACGUAAAUACAGAAGAGUGAAACGGAAGGUUCCUGAACCUGAGUAUUCAUCACCGUCAUUCGCUUUUCCAGGUGUAGUAAAGUUAGUGCUAACGGAAGAUGCUCAACGCGCGGUAGAAUGUGUAUGCGGGGAAGAUGUUACUUCAGAAAAUCCGUGGAAAUAUAUUAAAAAGGAAGCAGUAGUGCAGAACAUUGAACUUAAUGAAUCGUCUGAAUUUUUUAAAAUAAAAAAUGAAGUUUUAACAUUUCCCAAUCCCUCAAUUUUAAUUAUAUAUUUACCUGAUGAGAGUGAAGAUGAAGAUCAGUACUACUUUUGCUUAAGUAUUGAGGCAGAAGAAAGGGCUAACAAUAUUAUUAGUCAAGUAAAAACUGAACGAAACGAAAAAUUAAAUAAUACAACUUUGAAAACUAGUAAACCUUGGAGAGCACAGGGUAGUGCACCGGAAAUCUCUGAUAUGAUGUAUAAAGCUAAUCGACCUCUGAUAAAAGUUGAGAUUGAAACCUCAUAUCCCGUUAAACCUGCUCCAAGUCACUUCAAAGUAAGACCGGUGGAAAAGGCGAAAGACGGUUACAUUGAAAUACUUUCACUACGAUCUACCUAUACCAACGUAAUACGAAGAAAAAUUGAUGCCGUUGCUCAAGCUACUCCAUUUGUGACAGCCACAUCAUCGCAAACUGAUUACCGGUAUCCUAAAAACGAGACCACCCAGUACCAGUACACGUACAGUCUUCCGAAAGAAACCAAAGAGUAUAUCCGAAACUUAAAAUACUUCGCGCAAAAUACCAUGAACAUCUUUGACGAUUCGAUUUACGUAAAUGGUUCUAUUGACUUCUUUACAAGCGAUUACAAGUUACUAGUGAAAGACGAAGUUGGACCAGAGAAACCACAAGAAUUCCAUUUGGUAGAAUUUUCCUCCUUCUACCAGCAUAGUAUCGAAAAAGGCAAGGUAAUUUCGGCCGUAAGCUGGCAUCCCAUGUGGACAGGGAUUGUCGCCAUAAGCUAUGCGGACAAGGCCCUUGGUUUAUAUAUUAAUGGAAAAUCAGAAGUAGAUGAAGUUCAUCGUGCUACAUUUGAAAUAACUCCUGUACAUUUGUGGAGCAUAGAUGACCAUUUAAUGCCUAAACUCCUUUUGGAAAUACACCGAGAUGUAUCUUCGUUGUCUUUUUGUCCAUAUGAUGAAAAUUUGUUAGUCGGCGGAUGCGUAAAUGGUCAAAUUAUUCUAUGGGACAUCACCAAUAAAUUAAAACAAGUAGAAGAGGAUGAAAUUUUGACUGCCGAUCAAUACGCAUAUCGAAUAAGAAUGCAUUCGAUGAUGUCAUGGAUGAAAAACACGAGUAACCGCCGGUUUGUUGGAGCCACAGUUGUUUCUCAGUUGCAGUAUUCUCCAAUAAGUGCCAUUACGGCAGUUACAUGGAUAUCGCCAUUUAAGGAGAUAGACAAGACUGGAAAGAUAAGGAGAAUUUCGGAAGAUGAAAAAAGGACAAGUUUACAAUUCAGCACCACGUCUUUAGAUGGGACCAUUCAGUUUUGGGAUUUACGUGGGAAACCACCAACAGGCGCACUUGCAGCUCACAAGAAAUACCGCCAUAUUAAAUCUCGUCCAGCUGCGCUAAUGACCGAUGUGUCUCCGUUUAAAGUAUUUCACAGGGUACUUAAACCUAUAUUUAAAGUUAACGUUUUUGCUCCAAACACCACUCGCCAUUUACCACUCAUGGUGGUGGGAAAACAAGAGUCGGCUACAACGUAUGUACAAAAACAUCCCAGUGAUCCAAAUCGCAAAUUUGAUCUAAAUGAACGGAUUUACUUUCAAGCUGAGCUAAAAGAUAAUCGUGAUCUUGAAAACGAGUAUCUCUUAGGUAGUGCAGAAGGCGAUUUCUUCAUAAUCACGUGGGAAGGGUAUGAUUACACUUCAAAUGAGAUUGUUAAUAAAGAAACGGCAACAAUAAAUAAUUUCGUUAAGUUCCAUGAUGGCCCAUUAGUAUCCGUAAAAAGAUGCCCAUCAUACGAUGAUGUUGUUUUAACUGUGGGAGGCAAAAUUUUUGCACUAUGGCUGCUAGAGUUUAUAGGGAAGCCUAUUAUAUGGAGGAAGUGUUCAUGCCGAUACACGCAUGGAAAUUGGACUGCCAAUCGCCAUUCUGCAUUUAGAAUGUCAAGAUCUGAUGGUUAUGUUGAACAAUGGAAUUUUACGGUCAGAAGUGAUCGAUGUCAAUAUAACAUUUUACGAUCCGGAAAGUGGACUCUUGGAUCCCACGCACAUCCUUUGCCUCUUGAGAAACAAAUUCUUGGAUUGUGUGAUUAUACCAGUUCAUUCAGAUUGUUUCUUACGGAUAACACUGUCCAACAAGAUAAAAAGGAAUUAUCACACCUCUAUCAAUUACUUUGUGCAGAAGCUGAACGAAAACGGGGCAUUGUACGAUGGAAUGAACAAUGGAAUGUUAAAAACCCAGAGUUAUCAGUUAGUCACAGGGCAAAGUCGGUUACCGGUGAAGAAAAAAAACAAGAUGAGAAGGCAGUUCAAGUGAUAGAAGAGGCAAUAAAUGUUAAACAACGGGAUCGAAUAAAUGCAGACGCACAAUGGCGAGAAAGGGAGGUCGAACGAAUGAAUACGUUGUUGUUAACUAAAAGAGGUUUAGAUCCUUCUCUAUUGGAGGUGCAACAGCUACCAUUAAUAAAAGUUAAAGAGGAAAGCACUAGAAAGCAGGAAAAAUUGAAAGAUGCUUUAAAAAGUGCCCCGAAGAUAUAUGAAGAUACAGUUGCGAUGAUGUUUGCUGACGCGGUUCAGAAAAAGCCACAGAGUCCUGUAGAUCCAUAUAAAGGUGGAGAAUUCGUUAUCAAUAAAAGUGUGUACUUUAAUAGUUACACACGAAUUGCGGAAAAGUAUGAAAAGUUUGUUAGCGAUAAUACGUACCAAUAUACUUUUAACUGGUUGAAAAUGGCCAAGGCAGGACGCGAACGCCGAAUAUUACUAGACGGUUAUAAUCAACGUUGCAAUCACAAACGUAGGAUAAUUCGAGAAAGAGUCUUACGGGAAAAAGAACUGACAAAGCCUCCUACAAUUUCCAAACAAGAAAGUAUUCAAGCCAUAGAGUAA